AAGUACAUACCAAUGUGAAUUCGGUUAAUAGCGACUAUGCAAUAUUUCUCCGUGUUUUGAUUGCAAGAUAUGUGUCCUGGUGGUUGAAUAAAACGGUCUUUCAGUGUUCGAGUCCAGUUUAGAUAUAGUUCGGUUUUUAUGAGAUGCCGUUAAUUACACACAUUUCCUUUGAUGAAUUAAGCCUUUCUGUCAUCGCAACACCUCUCGGGUGCAAGAAUGUUGUGUUUUAUGAUAAAUGCCAAAAGAUCCAAUUUCGCUCGACCUGUCCGACAUCACAAGUCGAAAAGCUCGAAGUUGUCAGACGAAGGUUUGCGCAUUUCUGGACUCACAAUUUGCGCGUUCAAAGAUGACGCAUUGUAGGGUAAUUUUUGCCGUUGCGUUUCUGCUAUUCGGCGUGGCAGCAAAAGACGCAAACCGCGAUAAAAUGAAAUGCUACGAUUUCAAUUCAAGGCCGAUUCGAUGUGUUCCUGAUUUUGUAAACGCUGCUUUUAACCGUCGGAUGGUUUCAACUAACACAUGCGGUACACCUCCAAGCAAAUACUGUGUACAGACGUUAUCAACCGGUCAAACGAAAGAAUGCCAGAUCUGCGACAACAACAAUGAGGAUUUGUCACAUAGGGAAUUCUUUAUAACCGAUAUUAAAAACGACAAAAACUACUCUUGGUGGCAGUCUGAUACUCUUUUCACAUUCAUCCGAAAUGAUCUUUAUGACAGGCGAACCAGAUUGUCUAGAGUUGUACUAACGCUCGACUUGGGGAAAACAUUCGAGAUUGUCAGUAUACGUUUACGAUUUCGCUCGACUCGGCCAGAAUCAAUGGCUAUUUUCAAGCAAAGCACGUCUGAUGGAGACGCUCAAUGGAUUCCUUAUCAAUAUUACUCACGGUCUUGUUUGUCGACUUAUAGUGUUGAUCCCAAUUAUAUAAUCGAAGGCCGAGAUGACUUACAGACUGCGUUGUGCACUGCGAAGUAUAGUAACCUGGUGCCUAUUUUUGGUGGUGAGGUUCUCUUUAGAACACUAGCAAAUCGACCGGGCCGAAACGAGAUAGAAAGGUUACCUCAACUUCAAGACUGGAUUCGCGCGUAUUCCCUUAAGUUCGAUCUUGAUCGUUUAAAUACUUUUGGAGAUGAUAUUUUUGGUGACCCUAAUGUCCUGAGGAGCUAUUACUAUGCGAUCAUUGAUCUUAGUGUUGUCGGCAAAUGUCUGUGCAAUGGACACGCUUCGGAGUGCAAGAAAAGCAAUACGACUGGGAAUUAUGCUUGCGAAUGCCAACACAAUACGGCUGGUGUGGACUGCGAGAGAUGUUUACCAACUCAUAAUAACAAACCCUGGGGAAUGGCUACCAGUACAAAUGCACACGCUUGUGAAGCAUGCGAAUGCAAUGGUUUGGCGGAAACGUGUGAAUUUGACGACCAGCUAUACCAACGAACAGGCCGCGGUGGAAGAUGUUUAGACUGCCGCAACAACACUGGUGGCCCUCAUUGUGAGAGAUGCAAAGAAAAUUACCAUCGUGAAACUGAAGAAGAAGAAUGCAAGGCAUGCAAUUGUAAUCCUGUUGGUUCCCAGAGUCUUCAAUGUUACAAAGACGGAAGGUGUUAUUGCAAGCCCGGAGUGACUGGGGACAAGUGCGACCGUUGUAGACCCAACUAUUAUGGUUUCUCUGCCGACGGAUGCAGUCCAUGCGAAUGUUCAGUCCUAGGCACCAGACCAGACAACUUUCAAUGUGAUGAGAACGGACAAUGUACUUGUAAGAAAAAUGUGAUUGGUAAGAACUGUGACCAAUGUUUGGAGGGUCAUUUCGCUCUGGAGGCUGAUAACCCGUAUGGUUGCCGACAAUGUUUUUGCUACGGCCACUCUUCAGACUGUAAGUCUGCUGGUGGAUAUUCCAGUAUCAACCUCACGUCAGUGUUCCGCUUUGGAAGAGAAGAAUGGCGGGCUUUGAAUAGUAAAGGUGAAGAUGUGACUCGUGAGCUUGCCACGUGGAAUGCGGGCAGCGAGAGCCUCAGCGUAACAUCGAUUAAUCAAGACUCGCUGUACCUCACAGCUCCAGCCUCGUAUCUUAAUAUGAAACGAAGUAGUUACUCCAGGAUACUCUCAUUCCGUUUCAAAGUUGCCGAUACAGCGAACAUGCAGUUCACUCAAGAUGACAUCAUGUUGGUAUCCAGGAGCAAAGAUGGACUCAAAAUAUCUACUUCUAUAACUGGACAAGGCAAUCCUGUACCAACCCGUCAAUUCCAAUUGUAUCAGUUCCGUUUACACGAAGAUCGAUCAUUUGACUGGAAACCUCAGCUUUCAGCCUUCGAUUUCCAACGUUUGCUCAACCAUUUGGACGAAAUUAAGAUCCGGAUGACUUACUCAGACCAAGGCACCGGAAUCAUUGAUGAUAUCUCGUUGGAGUAUGCGACGAAAGAUGAAAAUUCUGUUGACUUUGUGAACUGGGUGGAGGAAUGCACAUGCCCCCCACCUUAUGUGGGGUUGUCCUGUGGUGCUUGUCGCGAAGGUCAUAAACACGAAACUGUUAACGGUUCUUCAUAUGAUAGGUGUGUCCGAUGUGAAUGUAAUAACCACGCAGAGAUCUGUGAUCCUGACACAGGCAAGUGUCUCUGCCAAGAUAACACAGUCGGUGUUGACUGCUCGCGUUGCGAGGAUGGUUAUUAUGGCAACCCAACUGCUGGGACAAAAGACGACUGCAAACCAUGUCCGUGUGUGUUUGGAAAGCAGUGCAUUUUGAUUGGUUCUAAAGUCAAGUGCACGGAUUGUCCAGAAGGGCAUCAAGGUGACCUGUGUGACUCUUGUAUCGAUGGAUUUUAUGGUGAUCCCACUGGCAGCCGAGGACCGAAGACCAAAUGCACGAAGUGCAACUGCAAUGGAAACAUUGAUACGAAUGCUGUACAGAACUGUGAUUCGGAAACAGGAGAUUGUCUUAAAUGUAUUUAUAACACCAGAAAUGGUCCUAAGAAUCAAUGCGAACUUUGUAAGGUCGGCUACUAUGGCGAUGCCACGUCAUACCCAAAGCCCGGAUGCAAACCUUGUGACUGUCAUGAAAACGGGACAUACGUUCCACCGCAGACAACAAGCAACACACCUCUUCCAUGCGACGAAAAUGGCCAGUGUGUUUGCCGAGAGAACGUGAUUGGUUUAAAAUGCGAUCAAUGCCGGGAGAAUUAUUGGAACAUUAAUUCAGGCAAUGGUUGUGAGGCAUGCGGUUGUCAUUCAACCGGAGCUUAUAAUGAUAGCUGUGAAUUACAUUCAGGGCAGUGUAAUUGUAAACCAGGAGUAGGAGGAAGACAAUGUGACCGAUGUUUACCAGAUCAUUAUCGCUUCUCGCCCGAAGGAUGCAAAGCUUGCAACUGUCAUCCCGAUGGCUCGCUUGGUGUGUCAUGUGACGAGAAUGGCCGUUGUGUCUGUCGUCCCGGGGUACUUGGGGUGAAAUGUGAUCAAUGUGGGGAAAAUCGCUUCAAUCUUUCCGCCGGAUGUACACGAUGUCCUCCAUGCUACGACGAAUUACAAAUCAAGGUGAACAAACUCCGUGCAAUCCUAAAAGCCUUGAACGAGACGAAAGGCAGUGAUGGUCCCACAGGUGAUGCGAGCACAAAUCCCGACGAAGAAUUCUUAAAACGCUUAAAUAGCGCUAAAACACAACUCCUUAUCUUACUGUCGAGGGCGCAAGAUACCUCAGUGCACGACAAAGAACUAAUGAAACGAUUAGACGCAGUUAAUCAGACGUUAACCAUCAUUGAAGGAAAAUUGAAAGAGGCCGAAGGAAAAACAGAAGAAGCCGAUGAAAACUCGAGAGACGCGUCGGGUGAAAUCGAUUUGUCUGAAAACUCCAUUGAAAGGUCCUGGGAUCUAGUAAAAAAGAUUCGUGGUCCAGCCAAUAGGACAGCAAAGAUUAUCAAUGAAAUCCAUAAAGUUUUGAGUAACUGGACUAAAACGACCAUUCGUAUCAGCGAAACUGUAAGAAAGGUUCAAAAUCUUUCCAACGCUCAGUGGAAUGAGAUCCAGGACCUCAAGCGUAUUGCGGACUCUGCUUUGGAGACCUCGAAAACAGCCAACAAUAGAACGGACAAGGCUAUAAAACAACAAGAAGAAACGAAGCAAGAAAUUACAGUCAUCGACAACACAAUCGGUGGUAUCAAGUCACUUGCUGAUGUUGCCAUGGCGAAUGCUACGGCAGCGUACAAACUGGCCGAUAAUACGGUUAGUGAAUCCGAGAGACUGCUUGCCGAGGCAGAAACCCCCCUGGAUAAAGUGGGUGCUAAUGAAACAAAAGCCAAGGCAGUAGAAACGAUCAAAGAGGCAAAGGAUGUGCAAGAAGAGGCCAGACGUUUGAAGGAUAAGGCACAAAGUGGUCGAAAAGAUUUAGAUAAGAGCGAGGUGCAAAGAAGAAUAACAGAACUUUACGAAGCAGAGAAUACAACAGAUGAUUUGUUAAAACAAGCGAAGAAAGCGAACGAAACUGCGCAUUUUGCCAUUCUCAAUGGUACCAAAACCUUGGCUGAAGCGAGAGAAGAUCUUGAGUUACUUGAGAACUUCAAUAAGAGAGUGAAUGAAAGCAGAGGCAGAGCUGAAAAGGCAAGAGAUGAUUUGCCUGAAAUACGGCGUCUUAUCGACUCAGCAAACGAUAACACAGAUCAGGCUACUAAGGAGAUUGGCGAUGCAAAAAAUGAUGUGAAGGAGGCGAAUGAUGUUGCUGAUCGCGGUACACAGACAUCAGAUGACACGGAUGAGGAUGCAGAAGAACUGAAAACUCGCGCUAACGGUUUGGUCGUUCCGGACGCCAAAGUAUAUGAUGAUGUAAAGAGUGCUGAAAAGAAAUUAAAGAACUACGAGGAGCAGGCUGACAAGAAUACCAGAAUUGUGAAGAAUUCUACAAAAGUGGCAAACGAGUCGAAAAAUAUGGCUAUAUCUGUGAUGGAAAGAAUAAAGAACGUUGGUUAUGAUAUCAUUGCAAUAGACUCGAUGAUUUCUGAUAUCCCAGGCCUGGUAGAUGAGGAAGAAGAAUUGAAAAGACUGGAGGAGAAAAUUAAGGAGCAGCAAAACAAAGACAAAGAAUUUGAAACAGAUAUUAAAGUGAUCCGUGAUAAGAAAUUAGAGAUUGAUCUGAAGAUUCAGCGUUAUCAUGUGGAUUUAAAAGAGUUACAGGAAGCCUUGAUUGAACUCACUAAGAAUCAUGAAAUUUUACCGAAGAUAUGUCAAAAAGAGGAUCCUCCUCCAAACUGAUCUUUGACCAAGAUACGAGAAUGCUUAUUACUUUUAUCUCCUGUGUGGAAGAACAUGGAUUUUUUAAAGUCAUAUAAUUGCAUGCCAGAUCGUAUCCUUGUAUCAAACCAAUUAAUUAUCGGCCUGGCAUUUUUUGUGAACGGUCCUGGAAAAUCGUGGUUAAUCCAUCGAAUUUUGUAUCUAUACUAGAAGGAAAUAGGAACUGUAUUGCAUUCCGUUAUUUAGAUUUUAGUGGCGUAUAUUCAACAAGACAGUUUAAAGUUUAGUAGUUUUUUAUAUAUAGUUGUGCAUGUAGAUUUAUUUGUCCUUAUUUAACAGGGCUACCUUUGAAAUUAAAGAACGUCCCUAAUCUGUUCCCUGAUUCUGUUACUUAGGAAAACCAGAAAACGUCGUUUUGGACAUCGCUUCUCAAUGGUGCACAAAUGAACAACAUAGCUGAUAUAG